AGGCUAAAUUUAAUCUAUCUGUGAUAAUUUUUUAAUUAUUACAUAUUUAUAUAGUUCUCGAAUAGGUGUUGGUAAUUGGUAUACAGGCGAUUCAUGAUAAUUAUUAAGUAAACACUGUACAAUUUUUUUGAUAAUAUUCUAACUGUACCUAAGUGGUACUGAACUGUAGUCUGUAAAAAACUUGUAACGCUUUGAUAAACUUUAAAUAUUAUUAUAAUAACAGCUAAAAUUGCUGCUGACUGCAGUCCAUUAUUUAAUUACAUACUUCGCAGUUGCUAGUUUGUACUUGGUUACUUAUAGUGCACUUUAGUCGUUGCAUUAUAGUGAACUUAAAAAAAAAACUUGAAACAACAACAUCGUGACAUUUAUUAAUAAAAAAUAGGUACAUUGAAUUAAUCCUUUUUACAAUACGAAAUACAUUUCUUUAUUUGUCAUGUCUAAGCCUAAGCUGUUGAUGUUACAUGAUAAUUUUGCCAAACCUGCAAUGGAUAUGCUAAGAAAUAGAUUUAAUAUAGAAAUAUGUAAAACCAGCUACGGAAAAAUGCCCACUACUCAAGACAUCAUCGAUUGUAUUCCAGGAUCAUUUGGAUUAUUUUGUUCAUCAGUAACGGUUAAAAUUUCGGAAGAUAUUCUAAAAGCUGCCGGGCCCAAUUUCAAAGUCAUCGGAACAAUGUCUGUAGGCUACGAUCACAUAGAUUUGUCAUUAAUAAAAAAGUAUGGAGUUCGAUUGGGUAACACGCCGGGAGUUCUAACCGAAGCAGUUGCCGAAUUGACCAUCGGCUUAUUAAUUGCAACAACAAGAAGAUUUCAGGAGACAAAUUGUGAGCUUAAAACAGGUGGUUGGAAAAGAUGGACUCCCGAUUGGUUUUUAGGCUCAGGAUUAGAAAAAUCGACUGUGGGAAUUAUCGGUUAUGGUAACAUAGGAGCUUCUGUUGCUGAAAAAUUAGGUUGUUUCAAAAUUUCUGAACUACUAUAUUACAGCCGGAGUGAAAAACCCGCAGCGAAAGCUCUCGGUGGAAAAUUAGUAUCUGUUGAUGAGUUAGUCAAACGAAGUGAUUACAUCAUUAUUGCUAUUGCUUUGAACAAAGAUACCGAAUUCAUUAUGAAUAGAGAUCGAAUUUUCAGUAUGAAACCGACGGCUGUGUUGGUCAAUAUUGGACGAGGAAAGCUUGUCGACCAAGAUGCUCUGACUGAAGCUCUGCAGCAAAAAAGAAUAAGAGGAGCUGGCUUGGAUGUCAUGACACCCGAACCUCUACCACUUGACGACCCAUUAAUGAAGCUUGAUAAUUGUUUUUUAUUGCCUCAUAUCGGCAGUUCAACUUUCGAGACUGAAGCUUCAAUGGCUGUGUUGACGGCAAAGAAUAUUUUAGCGGUUUUAGACAAUACUCGUAUGCCUAAUGAAGUGAAAAUUUAAUGGAUAUUCAACGCAUAAUCAAUGGUGCUCGCAAAAAGGAGUCUAAAGAGAUGGUUGGGUUUCAUCAAAAUAUAUAGCAAGUGGUAGAACGUAAAUGUGCGACACUGUAUUCACUUUGAAAUAUAAACUUCUAUCUGUAUUUA